AUGCCUCCCCGUCCAUCUUCGACACCAUCAGAGAUAGCCACCCACAAGCGGAACACCCAAAGAAAGGCCCAGGCAAGUCAAAUGUCCGCUGGUGAAAAAACUGGCAAUACAGAGGAGAAACCGCUGCAGCGGUCAUCCAAAGUGAAGGCCUUAGAGCGAAAAAUCUGGAACGAGACAACAACCAAUACUCGUAAGCGCGCACCCACAGCAACUGCGCUGCCAUCAGUACCGGCAGCCAAGUUAGCGCGAAAGAAACCUGCAGUAAAGUUAGAAGAUGCGGAUCAAGUCAACGGUCAUGCUCAAAGCCAAGGUCCAAGUCAAGGCCACAAUAAGAAAGCCUGCAAGCCGAAGUCAGCCACGGUGUCAAUUGAAGAUAAUGACUCCGUCAGUGAAUACGGAGACAGUGAUCGUGACUCUGAAAAAUCAGACGAUAAUGUGGAGGUUCCAGAAGAUGAUGAUUGGGACUUACUCUCCCAGAAGGAACUGAUCAAAGAGAUUCCCUACAUCAUGCCUCCUCGCGUCGCUAGAUCUGCCAGUGCACAAUCGCAAACCAGCAAAACAUUGUCGACUUCUAGCGGUGUUAUGGCCUCUAGCGCUGUCACGGUUUCUGACGAGUCUGACUCAGAGUUGCAAUUUGCUGACAAAGACGAGUCUGACCUUGACAGUCAGCGUUCCAAGCCUCAUUACCGCGAGCCUUCAUCAACAGUCACCGACUUGAAACCACAGCCAGGCAAGAAGAAAAGGAGCAAACUAGUAGAAGCACGCCAAGAACUUGAGAGGCCCAGAUUUGCAGACUCGGAGCAAAAUGAUGUGGCGCUGCCAGCCCCCGAUAAGGACGUGUCUGAUUACUCCUUUACGUGGCCUACAUUCACAGAUCUAGUCUACUCAGCAGACGGCUCUAUCAACCUCAAGGCUCAGAACACUCGGAUUCAGCAGGUGUUGAAGACUGCCGUCUUCGAACUCAAGAAAGCCUCUAUCUUCGACAACGCAUUUCCCAACAUCACUCAGAAACGUAAGAUGGCUCUCGAUGCAGUUUAUAAUGCUGCCGGGAAGCAUAAGGAAUAUGCGAUCUCAAAGAGGUUCAAGCAUGACUUUGAUUAUGCAGUGGCUCUCGCCGGAGUGCCGGAGGGACGGCUUAGUUCCUUCCGUACCAAUCUCAAGAAACUCGCACAUCAAAUUGUGGUUUCUCGUUUUGGACUCAAGAAAGGCUGUGGCGAGAAGGUAGACGACCUUAUCAAGAGCCACAAGUACAUUUUUCCGACCGACACCAAGGGGAAGGUCCUUGGGGACCAACCAUUUUGUGACGAGUCGAUUGUCGAUACCAUCCGUCUAUCCUUUUUCGAUGGCGAGAACUCAAUCGGGGUCCAGUCCCGCGAGGAUUUUGUCUCGGUCUUGGAUGGCAAUGACGAGCCCGAGCUACCCGUCGCCAUGGUGUGUUUGAUUGCAACCCUGAUCUACGCGAUAUUGAAGGAUUGGAGCAGCGGGAACCCACCCUCGAGCACACAAGUCAAAUCAUUCAAUACCUCCUUCCACAUCAGUGUUUACCGGGCUCACCAAGCGACUCUUACGCGCAUCUUUGAUGGUAGCCAAAAGAAGUACCACGUACUGAUGGCACGUCUCUAUAAGGCAGUCAGCGCAGUAGAAAGCUCGGAGCCCGCUGGUUCAUUGGACACCUGUGAUUACCUUGAUCUCGAUGCAAUGGGUGAAGAUUAA